UUUUGUGUAAGCAAUUUUGUAGCUACAUCCUUAUUUGUAAGAUGAGUGAACAUUAACAGUUAAGGAAUUACAACAUGACAAAAAGAUGAAAUGAAAGAGUGAGUAGUGAAAAGCAAACACAGAUUACGGGUGAUUGAUUGUUUGCUCAGUCAAUGGCCGUCCAUGUCCUUCCAUACAAAGAUUUUUCAGAGGAAAACCAUUAAGUUGUCUGUUACUAAUUACAUCAUGGCUUCUUGCGCAGACGGUUUGCCAUAUAGAGCUCCUGCGGUCACGUGACUUUUGGUUGGGAGCCACCAUUUUGGCAGUCAACAUGACCACCGGUGCCAGUGUUUUCUUACCGAGCGAGUAUACUUCUCAUUUUAAUUCAAGUGAAAUUCGGCUUUAUAGUACAAAAUUAGAGAGAUUAAAUAUAAGCGACCCAUAUAAUUCACCCGGUGUGCUUUUCAAGAGCAUAACCUCCUGCUCUGAAGACGAUGUACCCGACUUGCGCUACGCAGACAUCCACAGCUAUCUUGUAAGCUUUCCAUCAGUGUACUCAGGAGACUCCCUCAGAGCGUACAAAAGCUUGGAGGCUUACAAAUGGUGUCAGUCCGGCUUCGUAAACAACAUUCAACUGUGGAGUCUUACAUCCAAAAACUUCGGCAUCAUCACUGCAAGGGUUAAUCACUCCCAAAGGCUUAAUGAAAGUCAACUAAAGCCAUGGGUGGUGGUGAGGAACGACGGUGUUGUGCUGGGAGCCCACUGCAACUGCACAGCGGGACUCGGGGAGAGCUGCUCUCAUGUGUCAGCUGUUCUCUUCAGUCUGUGGGGAAAAAACAACGCAAGGCACGAGGAGAUCAGCUGCACAUCCAAAAAAUGCAAGUGGGCCUCUCCCAGUGAGGAUGCUGCGAAGAAUGUGGAGUACCUGCAGGGCAAGGACAUCAUAUUCAACCAUACUCAACAAAAUAAAAAGGGGAAUUCCACCAAGGGUACCUCUGCGCCCCCAUCUUUCCCACCCCUGACUGCUGCUGAGCAAACACAGUUCUACCAAAAUCUCUCACAGUGCCGGACUCAAGAUGGGAAGUCCUGCAGACCUGCAGUCCUGUCAGUUGUUCGCGGGUACGCCACAUCCUAUGUACCCAAGGCUGUCAAGCUAGAUUUACCUGAACCCCUUACCAGUCUGUAUGACAAGAAGGCAAGAGACCUGAACCUGGCUGAAUUACAAGAGCGUGCAGAAGGAAUAUUUGAGGACUUGACUGUCACUGAAGAACAGGUACAUAACAUAUUCUGUUUACUAAUGACUGAAAUCUAAGAUCUACCAUGUUAUGUGCACGUGUACUGUGUGUGCGCUAUCUUGCAAUGUAAAUGAGAAACUGUUUGGAUUGCCAUGUUUUCAGAGUGAUAUUGUAGAGGAGGAGACCCAAGCACAGUCCAAGUCCAGAAUUUGGUUUGAUCAAAGGAGUGGUAGGGUGACAGGAUCUACCUUCAGAGCAGCAACAAGAACAGACCUCAGAAAGCCAGCCGUGUCUCUCAUAAGACAGAUAUGUGACCCAAAGUCCCAUGUUUUCAGCAGUGAGGCUACCAGGUAUUCAUGGGCAGAGAAUUCCAGCCAAUGUCAACAUGCAGUUGAACAUCCUAACAUACUCCAAAUAGCAUCCCAAAAGUUUCUGCCUUGUUGUAAGGUGUCAGCUGAUGUUCAUCAUCCCAAAAGUAAUGGGCAUAUGCAUUUGAUUACUUAUUGUAUGAAACAUUGUGACAUGUGCAUCAGCAGACACCUUACAAUACAGCUGUAUCAUGUGGGAUGAUAUAUGCCACAUCUUCAGGAAGGUACUGACAAGUCAAGGGUAGUGUGUGUGAGCAUUACAACUGCAUGUUGAAAUCAGCUGGAAUUUCCCUGUAAACUAAAAUAGGGUGUGCAGUGUGUAAUCUCUUCUAUGUAUGUGUUAACUUACUUACGUACAACAUAUGGUGUACAAGAAAAUUAGUGUGAGGUGAAUGAACAGAGAGGGUAAAUGCAGUAAGUACUAGGCUAUUCUUUAAAAAGAAGUGUAAAACCAAGUACAGCAUUAAACAUUUGUAAAGGGCAGGGAGGUAGCAAUGUGGGGUGGCAUUACUAUUGUCCAAAACUCAUAUUUCCAUUGUUUCUUCAGAUGGGGAUGCAAUAAUGAAGAACUGGCCAGAAAAUACUACGAAAUGCAGCAUCGCCUAUCACACACAGACGUCCUGGUGCGACCAGCCGGAUUUAGAAUUUCACCUCUGCACCCAUUUAUCGGGGCCUCACCUGAUGGGUAUGUGUCCUGUAGCUGCUGUGGUACAGGUGUCUUAGAAAUGAAGUGCCCAUUUUCUGCAAAGGAGCUUUCUGUCAAUGAAGCUGUAAAUUCUGUUGCACACUUUUGCCUUGAACAAGAUUCCCUAGGAAAAAUUAGACUUAAGCGAGACCAUGCAUACUUCUACCAAGUGCAGAUGCAGCUAUUUGUUACCAAAUUGGCAUACUGUGAUUUCAUUCUGUGGACUGAAAAGGAAGGUGAUUCACCCUUUGUGGAACGCAUUACAUUUGACCCAGAAUUCUUUCUCAAAGAACUUGAACUUGCUCGUGACUUCUUCCUAAAAUGCAUCAUCCCAGAGCUGUUAGGCAAAUGGUUUUCUGCACCAAAACAAGCAACUGCAAGCACCGAUCCCCAGCAACAGUGGUGCUACUGCCGUGCACCUGCGGCAGGGAAUAUGCUUGUUUGUGCCUCAGGGUUCUGUGCCGUGAAGAGGUUCCACCAAACCUGCCUUCGGAUGAAAAGGGUACCGAAACAGUGGGUGUGUCCUAGUUGUAGGAAACUAAUCAAUGCUCAAAAAAAAAAAAACAUAAUUACUUAGUCUUACUUACUUACGAAAUGUGUGAAUAUGAAUGAGCUGAUGCAAUGUAAAUAUUUUAUUA